AUGGGUAGCGAUCCCUCUUAUAUCUCCUCAUUCACCAAAUCACUUGAUCUUCAGUUCUCUCUAAAAGACCUUGGUGAUCUCUCUUUUUUCUUGGGUACUGAAGUUCCUCGUGUGGGAUUUGUAUGCAUCUCUCUCAAGCUAGCUACAUUCGGGACUUACUCUCUCGAAAAAAUGACAGAUUGUAAACCUUCUUCUUCUCCAGCAGAUAGCACAUUUCAAUUGUCCAAACAUGGUGAAACCUUUGAUGAUCCAUCCUUAUAUAGGAGUAUUGUUGGGGCUCUUCAAUAUGCGAUUAUCACACGACCAGAGAUCUCUUUUUCGAAAGAUGUGAAACAAAUUCUUCGUUAUCUCAAAGGCUCCCUUACACAUGGAAUAACCAUCACGCCAUCCACUUCCUCUAUUAUAAAUGUUUAUUGUGAUGCAGGGCGGGUUGCUGAUCCUGAUAAUCGUCGUUCACAUCAUGUAUUUUCUGUAUAUUAUGGUCCUAAUCUAAUCAGUUGCUCCUCGCGAAAGAAAAAGGUAGUAGCUCGGUCUAGCACCGAAGCUGAAUAUCGUGCCAUUACAUUUGUCGCUUCAAAAGUAUCUUGGAUAACUAGUUUGGUUAAAGAACUUCGAUUGUCAUGUCCUCGUCCUCCCAUGAUAUUCUGUGACAAUAUCAGUGUCAUUUAUCUCACUGACAUCCUGUCAUUCAUCAAAGGUCUAAUCAUAUUGAAAUUGAUUAUCAUUUUGUUCGAGAGAAGGUUGCUUGCGGACAACUUCGUGUUCAAUACAUUCCUUCCACUGAUCAAAUUGCUGAUGUGUUUACCAAAGCUCUCAUCUCCUCUCGAUUUGCUCAUAUACGGUCCAAGCUCAUUGUCUCGAACCCCGACAUGCGCUUUCCGGGGUGGUUAG